GCUGAGUAUUCCUCGCUAAACUCGCCGUUGGAUAUGGUCCACAAUUAUUACUAUCCUUUGAUGAAGUUGCUUGGUUUUCCUCGAGAUCAAGUGCAUACCGACUGACAGUCCGAGAUUCAAGCUUCAGAGGUUUGGGAGUCUGAACUAUCAACCGACAGUAAGAGAACACCUAGAACAGGUCUACAGUACACCUAGUUCUAGUCACUGUGAAAGUUCAAAUCAAAAGAUCCAAACACCAAGCCAUGUGCCCGCCCUCCACUAUCUUACAUCAGCACGUAACCUGGCCCGAGACGCGAUUUUGGAGUUCAUACACACGCGACUUCCUAUUCUUGGUCGUUUACGUUUCAUCUUGGGCGCAGAACGGUUUGCGACAGGACUUUAGUUCUAGAACUAGAAGGCUCUCUCAGAUCCGGAGCCCUACUCAAGCAUUCGAUCGGCAACGCGACACAUAUAACCAGGGGAGGGCCAGGUUCGCCGAAUCGACCGAUUACCCAGAAAGGGGCAGACACAAAUCAAUCAUGAAUGUAAACCGUCGUGGUGCCGCUUGUGCAAGGUGAUGUGCAAUGCCGAUGUUGUGACUCGUCCCGCCGUAGUACUGCGUUCUGCUUUCCUCGUCGAGCUUGGCCGAAGAAGCCCAGUACACGGACAUUGGCCUCGAGGUUAUUUUCCGAGACCCAGCAAACAAGUUGUGGCUACCCGUCAAUCAAUCAAUCAACCGUGCUGCUUCCAAUUAAAGGUCAUUCAUUGCCAGGCAAGCACUUUUGAAGCUCUCCCGCAAUUCUGAGACGCCGACACUCUGGAGGAAUUCAAGCUACUUACUAUUAUUACGAAUUAUUCUUGGUCUAGCUUCUUGCCGGCCGCGAAUACCUCAACCAUACGUCACUCUCUCACUUUUUAAAUCACUUUCGCGCGCUUCCUUCGCAACGACUCACUUUCUUCUGGCUUGACUUUGUUAGCCUCAUCCAGUCCUGCGCCAGCGCAAAGCGCCACGAGCUAGUCAUCCUAUUUGAGGAAGGAAAAAAAAAGGAUACAAAAAGCAGUGCAUAGCUUGACAACUCAGCAAAACCAUUACUCACAUUUACCCUGUCUAUUUUCCUCUUUGAAGCAGACAAUCAUCUUUUUUAGACCAGUGCGUGCAAUCCAUUCGCUGAGUCCCGACUUUUUCUGCAGCAAAGUGGAGCGCGUCCAGCAAUCCGUCACUUCUCAACUUGGUUUCCUGCACGUGUAACGAACGGUACGGCAGCGCCACAAGUUACAACAGCAGGAAACAGCGGUCGCUGGCGGUCAGACUCUGGGCCGACCGACCAGCGCUUCGAACCCCACGGACCAAGCCUGGGUGUGCUGGUAUUAGCUUUUGGGAUCGGAUCAGAUCGAGCUCCGACCUCACACGACGAAGCUGCUGCUCCAUGGUAGCAGCAGGGUAAAUGAAUGAGCGCAACCUAUGUUACAGCUUCCGUCGGAGGCACAUCUGAUCCCGAUGCACAACAAAAACAACAAAAACAAGAGCCGCCAAAGUCGGACGAUAAUGCCGUUCAGAGUUUAGAGGCGCCCGAGCCAGCCGGUAGCCUCAGCACAUCAAGAGCUGCUAACCAGCCGCCUUUUGAAUCAGACCAUGGCCUAUCAUUCGCUGAUCUUCCACCAGACUUGGCUGAGCUCCGCUUCUCUGAGUACCCGAACCAGCAUCCUGGACUUUUGCCAACAAUUUAUCCCAGGCAACAACAAAAACAACAGCCCGAUAAUAAACACAACGACGUCAACGUAAACGACAACCUCGACAACACCAUCCACAAUCACGAAUCACUUAAUGCCGCCGCCUUCCUGCAAAACAACAUCACCGCCCCAGUGAUCGUCCAUCAACCGCCAGAUAUUGAUACACAACCACCGCUUGCAUGCACUGAUGUAGAUGCACUCGACGAUUCUUCUUCUCAAACAUCACAACAACAGAGUUCCGUUUCACCCGCACGAAUCACUGCACGAAGACCCUCGCCGGGCUUGGCCGCACGAUUAAAAGCCCUUGGCUUCGGCUCCAGCAACCCCCAGAAAGAAACCCAAUCCGCUGCCGCACUACGGGCUGAAGCUAUCGGCCGCCUCGACGAAGAACAGCUUCGCCAGCUUGAUCAAGGCCACCAGGCCGGGUCUGAAGCACCGAUUGUUGAACGACGCGGCAGACCGUGGAAAGGCGCACUCGUUCGCAUCCCUUCCAAGGCCAGUCUGAAGGGGCUGAAAUUCAGGUCUAGCAAAAGAAGCCCAAGCUUGGUUUCGCAUUCGGACACUGAAGUUGCUGCCAGUCCAGCUGCAGCUGUGGCCCCGGAGGUCCCAGAGGGCCCUGAACUGCUCCCAGAGAUUGACACAGUGCCUGAGCUAGCCAUGGAUACGAACAAGUUUCGACUGCCAGAUCACUCCAACGGCAAUGGAACCAAGUGUCAGCCCGAGACACGUCAACAGCACAUCGAUAGGGAUAGCAGCACCAUCAUGUCACCGACUACUCCGGAUGACGAGAGGCCGCCUCCGCCUCCAAAAGACUCACCACCCCUAUCAUCAGUAACCACACCCGCCACCGACUUCAGCCAAGAAAUCCAUUUCAACCCGUUGGGCCUGCAGCGACCAGGGUCGAUAUACACGCUGUCCCGCGCCUCAUUUUCGAACCAGCUGGCCCAACUAACAUCCCUCCAGCUUCCUGAUGCCAAUUCUUUGUCGGAAAAGGUGGCUGCCAUAUCAACGGCCCAGGCCGCUGCAAGAGCACUGAUCGGUGCAGCCGAGCAGAUUAGGAACUGGAUCUCGAAAGCUUCCGAGGUCAUCAGCGGCUUGGACAGCGACGAUGACGUCGAGUGGUCGGCUGCGGGUGGCAGAGAAGGUCUGGAGGAGGUGGAGAGUGCCAUAAGUCGGUUUGAAAGCCUGAUCAAGGUCUAUCUCUCUGCCAUUGAAGCGCUAAACAAUCGGCCCGAUGUUGGUUCGGUUGCUCCCGAAGACCUUGCCAGGACUGUCAUGCAGAUGGAAUCAAUCACUAAAGAGUGGGCCAACAUCCACGUCACGUUGAAUUCGGUCAAAGGCCAGGUUGAGAUUGCUAUGGAGUGGGAGGAGCUAUGGAAUAUGGUGCUGGGAGAUAUCCAGAACGAGAUGGACGAGCUUUGCAGGCUUGUUUUUGAGAUGGAGGAACGGCGACAUAAGUCCAUGCUGGCAGUUGCUAACAGCCAAGAUAAUGUCGACAUCGGGGACUUGGAGACGAUAGUCGAGGAGACGCCUCCCGCAGCCACAAGGCUACAAGCUGCUAAGAGCCAUCGGUUCAGCCUACCAGCUUUCCCCGCCAGCCCUAGCUCGCCUGGCGUACCAAGUUUGACCCAGGAUGACUCGAGCCUACUGGCUUUGUUUGCGAGGAUGCAGCCAUUGCGUGCCUCGUUGGAUUUCCUCCCCAUGCGACUCUCUGUUUUCGCGGCAAGGGCUGAAAGGACAUUCCCAAGCGCCGCUGAAGAGCUCGAAAUGCGAAGAGAAGACUUGGACAACAGCUACAAGAAGCUUGAGAAGGAUGCUGAGAAUCUGCGCAAAGAGCUGGGCGAGGACCGUUGGAUUCUAGUCUUUCGCGGUGCGGCCCGACAAGCACAAAAGAUGUACGAAUCUGUUGAGCGUAGUGUCUCCAAGAUCAAGGAGUGUGUGGACGCCGGCCUGAACUUGACGAACCCUGCCUUGAUGGGCAAGAAAAUCGAGAGCUACGAAGCGAAGAAGACACAUUACAGCCCUGCAAUUGAGCGUGUUCUCUCAAUCAUCGACCGUGGAAUCAAGGAUAGAUUGACAGUCAACGGGGAGAUUGUACGACUGCAUACAGAACUCCAAACCAAGUGGGACGAGCUGAGAGAUCGCAUGCGUGAGAUGGAUCUCUCCUUGGACGAACUCACAAUGGACGAUAAAGGGCAGGCUCUUCGGGACUCGAUAUCAACUAUGCUUUCAAACGACAUGUCCGGGCUUGGAAGUGGGCACGAAACGCCCCAGAGCUCGCCGCCGUCAUCAGUAAUAAUGUCGAAUCUGGGCCUCGAGACCCCGACCUCGAAGAUUUUGAACAAACGAAGGUCUGCGUCCGGCAACGCCAGCGCUCUCCCGAUGCCAACGAACCGGAGGAGCAUGUCUGCUGUUGCCCCCUCGCAGCAGCAGCAGCCUCGAAAGCCGCUCUCAAGACUGUCAACCACGGGGGGUCUUGGCAGGGACAACUCAUUAACACCCAUGGCGAAGACUCGAUCAAGCAUCGCCCGCCCGUCCAACAACCCCCUCCCUAACCGGCCCCGGUGGAAUUCUUCUGUUAACGGCGUAGAUACCGGCCAUAACUUUAAACCAUUGGCGGUUGAGCCACAGAGCACCCCAUCUCCCCGCUCCAGCGCCAGUAAAAUGCCGCUUCGUAGCCCUCUAAGUGGUCGUGCAGGCUCCGCAUCGCCCAUGCCCGACGUAACACCUUCUAAGCCUCCUAGCAGCCAUAGCCGAUACUCAUUCCGUGAGAGACUGACCUCUCCUGGUCCGUACUCGCAGCAGGCUGUUGCAGCAUCGAGGAUGAACCAGCCACGCCUGACAGCCCAAUCAUCUUCUUCGUCUUCAUCCGCUUUGAGCAACCGCAGGUCGUCUCUCCAACCACCGGGCCGGCCUAAGGUCGAUGCGCCUCUUGGCACCAGCCCUGUGCGUCCAGCCAGCUCUAUGGCCACAUCAAAUCCGCGCCGGACUAGUGCUUUGCCGCAAAGCAGUGGAGGAGGUACGGGCCUUUUCAGGGACGGAGUGACCAGGAGUGUCAGCGUCUCAGGCCGCAAUACACCUUCAACGCAGCGGGCGUCAUUACGCAAGAGCCAGACGGAGAAGACAACGGAUUCCAAGCCAAGAUGGAAAUUCUAAGCUCAUGUCGUAUGAUACGUCGCAAGCUCGGAAGCUUAUUUGAGUUCAAUAUCUUCAUUUUGCGCGGCGCCCUUUAUCUACACUCUUAUCACGAUCUUCAUCACGGGUGCAAUACGCCCAAGACAAGCUAUCGUUGCGCCUACACGCUCAAGAACUUCUCUUUUUUUCACAUGUACAGGGACGGAUUGUGGACACCUAUCAAGUUCGAAAUUGCAUUUCACAGAUCAACGAGGUAUCCAACAGCAUCUUCAGUACCCUCAAUCUUGCACACGGCUUCUCCGAUCUUAUCUUGAACUUUCACCUGUCGAGAUACCCAUCCAUAUACCCAGCCCUAAAAUACCAUAUCCUGAAUUUUGCCAGAGAAAUUUACAUCUCUGACUGUUUUAUAUCGUGGAGCGUCGCGGUUUGACACUUGAGAGGCGGAAACUCGAUGCAAGCGAGUACAGUGAGAUAAUGAGCGCGUUUGUUAUCAGUUGUUUUCAUCUUGAACGGAGCCCUGGACGGACCGGAUACCCAUAAAUAUCAGUUUUUUAGCAAUAUCGUAAUCGUACAACACCCACAGAAAUGUAAACCUUUUUAUCCUAGUAAGAGUGGCACAAUUCCAUCCAAGCCUGUUAUCUC